UCAACGCCCCCCUCCCCCUCCCUCGACUCAAACCACCGCGCGUAAAAGUCCACCCAGGCGGCUGCGCGCUCUCUGCUGGAGAGGGGACGGCGUUCUCUGUGCGCCUGGGGACUGGAGGGGUAGAGGGAGCCGAGCAGAACGUGGGAGGAAAUUAAUUAAGAGGCUUUCCUAGCCUUGAUGGGAACACGGGGCUGCGCGCGCACUGACGUCAGAGAGGCGCACUUUAAAACCAAUACGUGGAUCACAGAGAGAUAUGAAGAUCACGCAUGUCUCAUCACAAAGGGUUUGCAGGGAAGAAGCUGAAGGAAUUUAAUGGAUUAAACGGGGAAAAGUGAUUUUUUUUGGAGACAUGAAAUGCGCGCGUAAAAGUCUGCGCGCCUGCGUUUGGAGCGACUUUUAGAUGCUUUUUCUUUUAGAUGCUUUUUUUGCAGGUGAACAUUAGUGAAGUUCAGUGUCAGUUUUUUUUCGGAUGCUGUUGGAAGCAAUUGAUCGUGUUUGAACCAUGGCUUACUCGCAGCUGGGAUACCCCUACUCCUCCGCACCUCAGUUUCUGAUGAGUCCUGGCUCCCUGGCUGGACCUCCUCCAUCCCAGCCGGUGCUGCGCACUCAGAGCAACCAGCUGGCUCCAGGAGUCUACAGCAGCCCCUACCAAAAGAGCCAGAGUUACUACAACACUUGCUCUGGAGACGCCUCCACUGUGUAUGCCAGAGGACCAGUGGACCCCAAAGAAGCUGCACCUGGGGGCCCAACCCAGACCCCUACUUACUAUCCCUAUGAAUAUACAUUUGGACAAUAUCCUUGUGAAAGAUACGGGUAUUCCUGUUCAGACAGCUCUUCUCGCCGUAAGAAUGCCACCCGCGAGACCACCAGCACGCUGAAAGCUUGGCUACAGGAGCACCAGAAAAACCCCUACCCAACCAAGGGGGAGAAGAUCAUGCUCGCCAUCAUCACCAGGAUGACUCUCACGCAGGUGUCCACAUGGUUCGCAAACGCUCGCAGGAGGUUGAAAAAGGAAAACAAGGUGACUUGGUCGCCACGAGCGUGUAAGAGCUCCGAUGACCGCGGUUGUGAAGACGACAGCGAUGAAGCUGAGAGGCCAUUAAAAAGUGACAACGAUCUUCCUGAUCCGCCGUGCGCAGACCUGCAGAGCGACCUGGAGGACUUCGACCUGCUGGAGUCUGACGCUUCUGAUGGAGACGGCAAGCUGCAGUUUCAGCCAGACGUUGACAUAAACCCCCCACACAGGCAACCCCCCAAAGAGAGGCCGUCGGAGUUAUCCGCAGUAGAACCCCGGAGCAGCUCUUUCUAUGUGAACGAGGAGCUGAAGAACUCAACCACCAAGCCCAAAAUCUGGUCCAUAGCUCACACCGCCAGGUCUGUGGAGAGCAGCGCUCAGCCUGAGUACUCGUCCUGCAUGCUGCUGUCGAGCGGCUCCUCCUCGCCGGGGUUCCCCACCAAUAUGGCGCUCAGCAAGGCGGAAAGGCAGCAGGAGUCGGCGGUCGCCACGCUGAGAGAGUGGGUGGAUGGAGUUUUCCACGGGCCUCCCUUCCAGCAGCUGAAAGCUGCAGACAGAUGGAAGAGCAGGACAGCAGCACAAACCUUCCAACUCUCCUAGUCCGUCAUGCAGCUCCUCAUCGGUCGGACCCUUCAGCUGCAGGACCGAAAGGACGAGUUGUUUCUAAGUGUGACCAAACGAGCUUCAGCUCGACAGGCUUCUAAAACAGUUUGGGGAAACUGGAAUCUGACUGUGACCUCUCAGCGUUUCAUCCCCAUCAUCCCUCACAACUUUUCCAACAGUGUCUUCUGGAUUUAUAGGAUGUUUUAGAAUGAAAAACUGUCACUUAACACUCCAGGAGUAAGAGUUUACACACAAAAACCACAGUGUUGUACAUUUGCACUAGCGCCUGCACAUGCACCGAGUCACAACAAUAAAGAGAGCAGCAUGGCAAAGUUCUCCGCGUCCUGAAGCAUUGAAGGAACCUCUUUGGAGGAGCAGCUGUGUGUGUGUGUGUUUGGGACAGUCGGCUUCGUGUGUGUGUCUGAAAGGAGGAAAGUGGGUGGUAUUCAGCCGUGACUAAUGGAAACACACAGAGGAGGGUGCUGCUAAAUUGUUAAAUCGAUGCCACUUCCACCCGGGCUCCGGAUAUAGCUGCAAUCAGCGACGCGUCGCUUUUCAUUAGGCCACUGUUGACUUUGUGGAGCUCGGACAAGAAAUGCUUUACAGCCAACCGAAUGCCUCGUCCAGCCUUUCAGAAAACGGUUCCACCUUAAAUGCUCAAUAUUUCAUUAUUCAAACAGCCAACUAAGAAAUAAAAGUGAAUUUGACCACAAAUAUGAAUGAGUUAAAAAUAAGAAACAAUUCAUGUCUACAUCAGUUUAUCAAAGAAAACCCAAAUGCAGCAUUUUAAAUGAACUAAAAACCUUUUUUUUAAUCUUUUGACCUCCGUUCUUCCAGUUUUUUUUUUUUUUGGGGGGUUAAGGAAGAGUGAUAAAGUAUUUAUCAGAACAGAGGAGGGAUCUGCCUAGGCUUUGUGUGGAAUUAACAGUUUCAGAUUAAAUAAUUCAGAAUGAAUUCAUCUGAGAAUUUCAUUCUGUUUCUGCUCCAUAAAUAAGUAAGAUCUGAGAUGAUAAAUAAUGACACCUGACCUCUUCUUUCUGCCGUGUUUCUUUUGUUACUAGACAGGAUCUCAUUGUGUGUGUUUGAUAGUCUCUUUCAAAUACUUCACAUUUUUCAUUAAUUCUGUCAAACGUGAAUGUUUUGGAAUCAUUGUUCUCCUUUCAAAUCACAUAAAGGCUAAUUACCCUCCAGAGUCGGGGCUGGGGUAGGUGUGCCACCCUUUGGUUGGCGUUCUUGUUCUGUGGCGUCUCUGAAUGGUGAAGGUGAGAAACCAGCAGAGAGCUUUUCAGUAUUCGUACUCGGUCAACUUUGAGUUUGGCAUGAAAAAAGUGAUUUUUUGCCUGACGUUUCCUCGAACUGUUUGGAGUUUUUGAGAUCAUCACACCAGGAAAAAGAAAAGAAAGCUUCAAAUGUGUCAGCCACAGAAAAAGUAUGUGUCUGUCUUUACUGUGUUAAAUGGAAAAAAGGCUCAACAUUCUGCUGAUGAAAUGAAAAAUGUUCUCAAUAACUAAAAAAAAAAAAAAACAAUUUCUAAACACGUAAAUGCUCUUCAAGGGUUUGUGUUUUCUGCUUCACUAGAGACAAACAUGAGCUCAAAUAAAAGCAUUUCUGAAAGUUCAAAAUGAAAAGAUGUUCCUCUAUGGAUGCUGGUCCUGAUGCAGACAGAUGGAAAUCCAUGCUCACAAAAGCUACUUCUGAUUCAAAGGGAUGUGGAGCAGUCUUUAUAAGUCGGGGACAUAAAUUCAGGAAGACCCGCCUCCCAGCAAUCAAUGUGGUCACUUUGUAAACAAACAGCAGAUCCAGUCUACGUUUAAAGUAACAAAUCCUUUUAACAAUGACUUGAUUCAUACCAGUUUGUAGUUUCUUUUUUUUUUUCUAGCUUGUCCUGUUUAACAGCAGUCUCUAGUGUUUGUCAGAUUUUACUGUCACAGCAGGAGUUUAUUAAGUAUAAACCCUUGUUGUAUGUUAUGCUAAACUUUAUUUA